CAACAAGCCCAAGACCCACACAUUCAUAUGCAGAUUUAGGACUAUAUAUAGGAGAAAUGAAGACAGUAGAAAUCAGAUUCUCUCUACACAGAGACCUCUACAGCACAGAGAUCCAGCCAUGGCACCUACAAUCACUUCAGCUAUGAUCUACUCUAAGAACCACCUGACUCUGACCAACAAGCUAAGAAAGCCAGUGGUGGAGAAGUUACGCAGAGAUCGUAUCAACAGCAGCCUUGAGAAGCUCAAGUCUCUCCUGGGUCCAGAGAUCCUCAAUCAGCAGCCCGACUCCAAACUGGAGAAAGCAGACAUCCUGGAGAUGACGGUUUGCUUCCUGAAACGACAGCAACAGUAUCAACCAGUGAACUCCUCCUCCUGCUCAGCACCUGACAAUCAGGGUUACUCCAGGUGUGUCCAAGAAAUUGUGCACUUCCUGUCCAAUGAUGAGGUGAAGACACACUCCCAGAGAAGACUGCUGAGCCACUUCCAGAGCCUGCAGCCAUCCUCCGAUAAGAACAGGAGGGAGAGUGACCUGCUUCAGUUGAGCUCCCCAGCCCAGCACAUCAUGAGCAAAGAGAAGGGGCCAGUCAACAGCGCCCUCUGGAGGCCCUGGUAGACUCUUACAGACUGGAGCUUCAUUCUCAUGCAGGACAAUUCCCAGUCCUUAUUACAGAGGAGUUCAUCCACAUUUUCUGCAUUUGCAGGGGUUUAUUCGAUCAUGUUUUGUUUUAAAUGGAAAAAAAGCAUU